UAUCCGUUUGUGUAGCCCCGGGGGCAGAGCUGGGACUGGGGGCUGCCUGCUGCAGGAGAGUGAGCAGAGGAGCAGGCAUGUGGGCAGUGGAGUGCGAGCUCUUGUGACCAGACAUCAUGAGGGGGUGCCUGGCUCUUCUGCUGGUGCUGGGGGCAGUGUGUGGUGCCUCUGCCCCUUUCUCCUUCCCUCUGAGGAUCUCUCCAGCUCUGGUCAGCCAGCCCAGGCUGGUGUCUCCAGCCACUCCGAAGGACAUAGUGGGACUAUCCCUGGCCUCAGACCCCAGUGGCAAAAUCAACUUCAUGGCCAUGGUGGAUAAUCUGGAGGGGGACUCUGGCAGGGGGUACUACCUGGAGAUGAUGAUAGGUACCCCACCACAGACGUUAAACAUAUUGGUGGACACGGGAAGCAGUAAUUUUGCAGUCGCUGGAGGCCCAAAUCCUGACGUUACGGAAUAUUUCCAUUGGGUCUUGUCCACCACAUACCAGUCUCUUGGAAUUGACGUCGCUGUCCGGUACACUCAGGGAAGCUGGAGCGGAGUUCUUGGAAAAGAUGUCGUUAGUCUCCCCAAGGGAAUAAAUGGCAGCUUCGUAGUGAACAUCGCCUCCAUCCUGGAGUCCGACAGCUUCUUCAUGCCUGACAUCAAAUGGCAAGGGAUUCUGGGACUGGCCUACAGGACCUUGGCCAAGCCUUCAAGCUCUAUCGAAACUUUCUUUGACUCCCUUGUUGAACAGCAGAAGAUCCCGAAUAUCUUCUCCAUGCAGAUGUGCGGAGCUGGCCUGCCCACCAGUAACUCGGGCAGCAACGGUGGCAGCCUGGUCAUGGGUGGUAUUGAGCCGAGCCUGUACAGCGGUGACAUCUGGUACACGCCCAUCACUGAGGAGUGGUAUUAUCAAGUGGAGAUUCUCAAGUUUGAAGUAGGAGGCGUCAACUUAAACCUGGAUUGUACUGCGUAUAACUCCGAUAAAGCCAUUGUGGACAGCGGCACGACCCUCCUGCGUCUACCCGACAAAGUUUUCAACGCGGUGGUGGAAGGGAUUGUUCAGACUUCUCUGAUUGAGAAUUUCAAUAACGAGUUCUGGACGGGCUUGCAGCUCGCUUGCUGGGAGACGACUGAAGAGCCAUGGGCGUAUUUUCCUGACCUGUCCAUCUAUCUGCGGGAUGUGAACUCGAGCAUGUCCUUCCGUCUCACCAUAAAGCCUCAGUUAUACAUCCAGUCGGUAUUGACAAUGCGCACGGAUCUGAAUUGCUACCGUUUCGGCAUCUCGCCUUCAUCCAAUGCUCUGGUUAUUGGCGCCACGGUCAUGGAAGGAUUUUUUGUCAUCUUCGACAGGGAACAGAAGAGGGUUGGUUUUGCCGUCAGUAACUGUGCAGUGGUCAAUGGCGUGGUGGUAUCUGAGAUCUCUGGCCCGUUCAGUACUAAGGACAUAGCCAGUAACUGCAUAGCCAGUAACCCCCUCAGGGAGCCGGUCAUGUGGAUUAUAUCUUACGCCCUCAUGACCUUCUGCGGCAUCGUUCUGCUGGUCCUUGUGGUCUUGCUGCUUCUUCCCAACAGAAGGCACAGAGAAGACCCCGAGGUGGUCAACGACGAAUCCUCCUUGGUGCGUCAUCGUUGGAAAUGAUCCUCAGGUGGCAUCUCGCCUUGGUCUGAUCUCCGGGACCUGGUAAUAUUUCCCAUCAUUCAUUACAUGCUGCUGGGAACUCUCGGUUUUACGAACCCGUCGCUACCAAAGCCGUUCGCGAGACGUGACGCCGUCUUCAUAACUUAUUGCCUUACCUUUUCUUGAGACGUCCAAAGUAUGCCAGUAUUGGCGAAGUCUUACUACUACUAUUACUACUCCUCCUCUAACUGGAUGCACUGCACCGAUUCCGUGUGUUUUUUGUUAGUUUUUUACUGAAAGCCAUAGGCCAUGACCACUCGGCUACUUGCAAUGCUUAAUAUUCGUUAAAGGACCUUUCCCCUUUAAAAUAAAAUUGCAUAUAUCCUGACUCCUCUUCUGUUAGGAUGUAUCCAUUCUAUGCAACCCUGUGAUGCCUGUCCCUGAGAAUGCUGGGUGACAACCAGUAUGACUUCUGGUGCUGUACCAACGGGUUGUCACUCAGGGACCCUUGAAUAUUAUGAUUUUUAUAUUUUUUUUUAAUUUUUUUUUUAAAGGGGCAGUUCCUCUUUGAUCUUUUUUGUGCACUUAUGACCCGGGCCUGUGCGUCCGCUCUACAUUCCACAUGGACAUGGUCAUGCUUCCGAUCACGGAUAUUUGUUCAUCGGACUGUAAAUCCGCGGUACAAUCCCUGCUACUCCUCGUUAUAAUCCAGGUGCAAUCGACUGAUCACAGGACCUGAGCAGUCUAUCAGUAUUUGGAGAUUUUCUUCAGAAAGUUCGCCUUUAAGAGAAUAUGGAGGAAGCCGUCGUAUAUUAAAACAAUCAGCAAGCCUGUUCCUUCUAAAGGGCAUCUGUCAGCAGUUUUGUACCUAUGACACUGGCUGACCUGUUACAUGUGCGCUUGGCAGCUGAAGACAUCUGUGUUGG